CCCAAAUAAUAUCUACCCACUUUCUCGCUCGCUCGCUCGCCUCUCUUCAUCGCCUACUCUCCCUCUCUUUCUCUCCUCUGCACAGUUUCAAUGGCGGAACACAGUAGUAAAGACCUCUUGGAGCUGGAGGCCAAGCGAGGCGGCGUCUCUUCCACCUCAAACUUAGAAUCACUCUUUGUAUGCAAGAAAGAUCCCACCUUUACUCCUUCUGAUGCUUCUCGUCAGAAGCCCACCAUGGCUCCUCUGCCCAAGAGCCAAUUUCUGGGAAAGGUGAAAGACUUCUUAGGAGUUUUAUCAGAAUCGAACAAGAAACUGAUGGAGGAUGCAAAGGAACGCCCCGAAAACUAUGACAUUGAAGUGAUCAGCGGAGACGAGUCUAAAUACAUCGAGAUGGAUCUGAUGUUGGGUAUUGCUGAUCUUCACACCCCGGAGGCAGUUGCUGCAGCCGAGUCUGCAAUGGCCGGUUAUCAGCCACCAGCUCGUCUGGAGGAGAGCAGCAGUGGAUCAGAAGACGAAGAUAGCAGUGAUGACGAAGAAGACAGGAAUCACAAAUCAGAUUCUGAAGCCGGCUCAGAAUCUGCGAAGCUCAGGUUGAAGGCAGGAGAUUCUUCAUGUCGAGAAUCGAAGAAACGGAAGGCCAAAAUCAUCGAGCUUUAGGAUUCACAUUGGCGAAAUUUGCACAAAAGUCUCAAGAAUUGACAUUGUUUCAGCUAUGGUUUUUGGUGAUGCUGAGUAUUAAGCAUUUGGUUUGAUCAUUUAUGCUUUAAUUUUGAGUCAUAAUAUUUCUUAUAUAUAUAGUAUCUAGGAUUAUCGACGAACUUCUUCAUUUGUCCGACUCUACGGUGUUGUAGCUCCGCCCCAACUAAGUAGAUGAUAUCUAUGUUGAAGUUAUAUGACAUAAAAAUGAUCUAAAUUUUGUAUUCUUAUCAUGUUUUAUUUAUUUAUCUUCUCUGCUAA